UCUUGGUACGGUACUAACAUUUGGAAACCUUACCCCUUACUUAACUUCAUACCUGAGACAAAGAACUGAUAAAAACACAACAUACGAAGAUACUAGCUGGAUUUUUUAUGCAUAUUACUGUUCGUGUUCAUUCCUUUACUUUGGAGGGAAAUUAAGUCAUGUGAUUGGACGUCGAUGGAGCAUUAUUAUUGGUUCUUGUAUGAUCAGUUUUGGCAUAACUGUGACGUACUGGAGUAUUCAACAUAGUCUAGCAGCUACAGUUUUCACCUAUGGAAUGAUUUAUUCUUUUGGAUAUAUCUUUUGCUAUGGCCCCGUCUUAGUCACUCCUAUAGAGUGGUUUCCCAACAAAAAAGGCCUCGUAACAGGGAUAGUAGCUUCAGGAUUUGCUUUAUGUCCUUUCUUCAUGAAUAUUGUACAGACGUUCUUUGUGAAUCCCAAUAACCUCCAACCCUCUUCUGAUGGAUUCUUUUACAACCCUGAAAUUCUCGAAAACGUGCCUAAUUUGUUUCUAAUGAUGGGAGGUGUCGUUGCUAGUAUUCUACUGAUUGGUCAGCUUCUUUACCAAGAAUCACCACGUGUAUCAAAUCAGGAAGAACAACAAUGCAAUGAAACAACUGACGUGGACGAAACGUUAAGAAAUUUGUGUCUCGGGGAAGAGCUUGAUGGAUUAGUUAUGAAUGAAAUGGGUUUUGCAUCAACAAAUCAUGAAGAACUAUCUGCACCAUUGAAAGAAGAUUCAACCAACAUCGAACUGAAUAUUGGUGAAAAUGAAGUAUGUGUGUCACCGAAAGAGGCUGUGAAAAUGAAAGAAUUUUACCUUCUGUCUGUAACUUGUAUUUGCUCCUUUGUCCCGUUCAUGUUUUUGAAUGUUUUUUAUAAGACAUAUGGACAGACGUUUAUACAAGAUGACACAUUUCUAUCCAUGACUGGUUCUGUAGCUGGAGCUGUACAUUCUGUCAGCCGAGUGGUUGUGGGUUUUAUUCAAGAUAAAUUAUCUUACAAAUUAACAAGUCUUCUACUGUUGGGAAUACAGACAAUAUUGUUGUUCACGCUUGUGGCGUCCUCUCACGGAGGAAAAGUGAUGUUCUUCAUCUGGAUUUGUGUGCUCUUUAUUACAUUUCCUCUUGUUUUUGUCUGUAUUCCGGCUGCUGUUGCUAAAGUGUUUGGAACGAAACAUACUCCUGAGAUUUAUGGGAUGAUUUUUGCUGCCUCAACAGCUUCUGCUUUUCUCUGGCCUAUCAUUCUCCAUCGCUUUAAUACUUUUUCAGGAUGGUUUGGCACGUUUUGUGUGAUGGCGACUUUUUCAUUCACAGGUAUAUUUAUGACUAUACUCUUUCCUGAAACCCACCACACACAACCAUAAAGUAUUUCUGAUAUAGACUAAUUGCAGUUUCGUUGCAGAACUUUUGAAGAUCAGAAAUGAACUUGCUAGCAACUGUCGUCAGUUAGAUGUUUUUUUACUACUGAGAAAAUGAUACAUCUCAAAAGCUGGUAAAUUAAGGUAUUGAUUAUUACAUACUCACGAAAAUAAAUUGGACGUGAACAUCUAUACACUUUUAUUGUUUUUCUAGUAGAAAAUUAAAUCGUUUGAAGCAUAUGUCUCACGUAAAAGAGUAAACGUUAUCUUUCGAACUUGUGUAUUUAAGUGUUUUACACUCACAAAAAA